CUUACCUUACUGGAUUUACCUUACCUCUCAAGACUUUCCGAAAUAUAUUUCUUAUUUCUUGCCAUCGCAACUACGAAGGUACAAAACCAUGCUCUUCGCGUGCCUACCGAGAUCAUAAUAGACACCUGCGAUACUCCAAUUCCACCAGGGAAGUGCUCGCCUUCCUGUCGAUGUGUCGGCACAUCCACGCGGUCUGGUGCGCAAACACGGCGGCAGCGCUCUGGCCCGUCUUCCUCCGCGAGAUUUCGUAUUUUUUGGCACGCGCUUUUGGCCGCCCGUGUCACCCAGCUCGUUGUCGACGCCGAACGCCGGGGCGAGCUGCCGCCAACGCGCAUCUCGCCUGGCCAGGUCAGGCACCCCGAGCAGCCGUCCCUUUCGGAAAUGAAGCUGCCCUGAAUGUCCAUCGGUUUGCAGUCGCCCUCGCACGAUCCAUCUGUCAAUGCAACCUACCGUACCCUUUGGAUGAAGAUGAUUUGCCUGAGCCAUUGGGCCCCGAGGCUCCAGCCCGCCUAUCGCGUCCCAUCCUCAGGGCCUUAAUCAUCGGCGCUGCACUGGCUGGCACAUACAGGGAGCCGCUGCUCAAAGCAAAGGACCACCCGGAUGCCAAUAUCAGAGCACUCUAUUCCACGGCCACCGGUAAUCACAUGAAAGGUGCCGACAUUGGGGAGACGGAGCUCGCGUAUUUCCUGCAGUACGCUGUGUGCGACCUCACAGCUACCCUCGAGCGCAGGAAACCAUAUUUGGGCCUCUGGCCGAAUGGCUUCUGGACGACAUUCUCUCCGACAAGACUCGAGGAAGGCCAUGGCGAAGCACUUCGACCAAGACACCGGCGGGAGCGUAUUCUGCCGGGAGCACCAAGACUGUGACGAGAAGGAUCUCUAAUCAAGUCGAUCGACAGGGGUAGUCACUCCGACGACAUCCGAUUGUUUGGGAACUGACGAAGUCGCUCUGCGUGGUUGAACAGCUCCGUUUGUUGGGCUGUGGCAGGAGGCCCGUCAUUGAUCGGUCAAGGGAUCCCCUGUUAGAAGUGAUCCUGUUCCGCCCGGAGCCCAAUCUUCGUCAUUAACGGUCGUCGUGUUCUUUGGCUGGUGGGUAGCCGAGGAGGUCCUGUUACCUGGACACGUCGCAGACCCUCAGGGCAACCCCGUGGCUAACGCAACGGUGAAUCCCCGAGAGCCGUACGAUACCGUUGCGUCUCUCUUGACUG